CGCGCUGAAGAACGAAGAGGACAAGUGCGCUUUUCCUCUGAAUAGCCUACACAGUGGACUUUUAUGGACCUGACAAAGAUUUUGUACCAGGACAUCUAACGGUUUUUUUUUCUUAAUUUCCAAACAUUUUGAAGCUGGGGAAGUAACGGAUGAAGAUACCGGUGUGUUAUUGUAAAGUUUAGGAUUAACUGAGCGAGAUGGCGCAUCUGUCUCUCUACUGCCUGCUGUCUGUGUCACUUUUGCAGUUGGUGGCUUCAUCGGGUGUAUUUGAAUUGAAAGUUCACUCGUUCAGCACGACACGCCUUUACUGCAGGAGGACGCGAGACUGCAACAUCUUUUUCAGGAUUUGUCUGAAGCAUUCAGAAGACGUCAUCUCCGCUGAGCCUCCGUGCACCUUCGGAACCGGACAGACAAAUGUUCUGCGAGCGGACCAGAGCUCAAUAGCCAGCAGCGCGGCCAUCCGGGUGCCUUUCCACUUCAAGUGGCCGGGGACAUUUUCUCUUAUUAUUGAGGCAUGGAAUGCUGAGUCACCGAAAGAGCAUCAUGAUUACACAGAGAAUCAAAACAACCUGAUCAGUCGUUUAGCAACACGAAGACGCUUGGCGAUUGGAGAAGACUGGUCUCAGGAUGUUCAUUUUGGAGACCAGAGUGAACUCCGUUACUCGUACCAUGUUUUCUGUGAUGAGUUUUACUUCGGCGAGGCGUGUUCGGAUUACUGCCGUCCUCGUGACGAUACACUGGGACACUACACCUGCGAUGAGAACGGAAACAAGGAAUGCCUGGAGGGAUGGCAGGGAGACUACUGCUCUGACCCCAUCUGCUCUUCGGACUGCAGCGAGCGGCACGGUUACUGCGAGUCACCUGGUGAGUGCAAGUGUCGUCUGGGAUGGCAGGGGCCAUCCUGCAGCGAGUGUGUACAUUACCCGGGAUGCCUACAUGGAACCUGCUCGCAGCCAUGGCAGUGUGUGUGUAAGGAGGGCUGGGGAGGCCUCUUCUGUAACCAGGACCUCAACUACUGCACUAACCACAAACCCUGUGCUAAUGGCGCCACCUGCACAAACACUGGACAGGGCAGCUAUACUUGCACCUGCCGGCCAGGAUAUGGGGGCACAAACUGUGAGCUGGAGAUUAACGAGUGUGAUUGCAAUCCCUGCAAGAAUGGUGGCAGUUGCAAUGAUUUGGAGAACGAUUACUCCUGUACAUGUCCUCAGGGAUUCUAUGGGAAGAACUGUGAGAUCAUUGCAAUGACAUGUGCGGAUGACCCCUGCUUUAACGGAGGGACGUGUGAGGAAAAAUUCACUGGUGGCUACGUCUGCCGCUGCCCCCCAACCUUCACCGGAUCCAACUGUGAGAAGAGACUAGACCGCUGCAGCCACAAACCUUGUGCUAAUGGUGGUGAGUGUGUGGAUCUGGGGGCUAGUGCUCUGUGCCGCUGUCGCCCUGGUUUCACCGGCCCUCGCUGUGAGACGAACAUCGACGACUGUGCCCGCUACCCGUGUCAAAAUGCCGGAACAUGCCAAGAUGGCUUUAACGAUUACACCUGCAUCUGUACACUAGGUUUCACCGGUAAAAACUGCAGCCUCCGAACAGACGCUUGUCUCACAAACCCAUGCCUCCAUGGGGGAACAUGCUACACACACUUCUCCGGCCCAGUGUGUCAGUGUGUGCCUGGGUUCAUGGGUCCAAACUGUGAGUUUCCUGUUCAGGGAGGUAUGGAGCUGAUGGCCCCCCGGGUUGGACGGACCUCACCUUCAGCGGUGGCGGUGUCAUGUGUGUUAGGUGUGCUGGCUGUGUUUUUGGGAGUGUGUGUGGGACUGGUUGUGAUCAGGAGGAGAAGGCAUAGACUGCGCAGACAGCAGUUAUGCGAUUCAGUGUUUAAUGAUUUGGAGACGGUGAAUAAUUUAGACCGGCAGCUCUAUCCCUAUGACAGAGACUACCGUCAGGUGAAACCCUGCAACACUGAGGGCAGAAUUUCAUUGGCAGCUUCUCACACACUGCCUGCCGGGCAGGACUUCCUGUGGAGUGCUGGAGGAGGUCUUAGAUAAGGCAGCACACACUUGUACAUGCAUACACGAAUGUAGACAAGUGAGAAUAAACACAGAUACACAAACUCACAUGCAGGGAUAAGAAUUUGGAUGUAGCACUUGCUUUUAUCUUAAUUAUUAUUAAUGAAUGAAUGAAUGAAUGAAAGAAUGAAUGAAGUAUGUAAUGACUGAAUAAGGGAUUGGACCUUUGCCAUCUGUGUAGGUGGAAGAGUCUGUAAACCAAAAACCAAAAGAAAUAAACAAGCACAUUGUU